GUGCUGUCCUUCGUCCAUGGUGCUGUCACUGUCAACAGUGUCAAGUGAAGUGUCACUCACUUUUUUGCAAAAAAUAAAUAACGUUUUUAAAUCAUGGCAGAUGAAACUUUAUUUGAUUUUUUACACAAUGAAAUAAUAAACUAUAUAUUAGAAAACGGUGACAGAGAUAAAAAUAAUGAAGGAAAAGAUGAAGACUUAUCACUGCUUGAAUACAUAGGGUUUUCUACUGGUUAUAGGAUUAUUGAAAGGCUGACUAAAGAAAUGCCUAGAUUCAAAGAUGAACUCGACACUAUGAAAUUUGUAUGUACAGACUUUUGGUGUGCAAUUUACAAAAAGCAAAUAGACAAUCUUCGUACUAAUCACCAGGGUAUUUAUGUAUUACAAGAUAAUAAUUUUAGAUUCUUAACAAGUCUUUCAAAUGGAAAACAGUAUUUAGAAGUAGCUCCAAGAUAUGUGGCAUUUACUUGUGGUGUAAUAAGAGGGUGUUUAGCAAAUUUAAAUAUUAUGUGUCUUGUAACAGCUGAAGUACAAAAUAUGCCAUCAUGUAAAUUCCAUAUCCAAGUACAAAGAACUUAGAGUAAAAAUGUUACAUUGAAAACAAAUAAAUGUAAUAGUAAAAAAAUAUGAUUAAGAACUUUAUUAUAUAAUAAAUUAUAGCAUACCUAUUUAUAUCGUACCAUAAGUGUAAAAGUGGGAAAAUAAAAAAUUCCAG